AUGUUUGUUUAGUCUCGCGCCCUUCUGCCCUGCUCACUGUUGAAAUGCACAAGCAUUUACUCCAUUUCAUAUGCACACAGGAUCAAAAAGAUAAAACGGAAAGAUGAAAAAGGUUUUGGCCAUCAUAAGUUUAACUGCGUGUAUCUGCUGCUGUGGAGUGCAGAGUGCUAGACCGUCAAAUGAUGAAUUGAGUCAACGAAUUGUCAACACUGGGACUGUAGUCUUUUUAAACAUCGUGGAGAAAUUCAGAAACACUACGGAGAAAUUACUGAGAGAUUAUCAGUUCAAGAAAUUAAGGAUUUCUGUCCAAGGAUACAUGAAAACCUUACGAGAAUUUGCCAAGCAAUUGAACACCACUGACAGUGCUAGAGAGAGCCAGGAUUAUUCUGUGAUAUCGGCAGAGAGAUUUGUUACAUUUCUGACUGGUGUUACAUUUGGGGCAACAAUCCGGGAGGUCUUUGACGGGUUUUUCUUUCCAUAUAAAAAGAUUUACAGUGAGACCUUAAAGAACGAGACCGUGGUGGACAUCUGGAAUGAAGUGGAGUCGAACUAUCUUCCAGGAGCUCCUCCAAUCUACAGUAAACCCAUGCAGUUCUUCAGUCACCUUCUGGCCAAGGCAGUGGUGAAAUCCCAGCUGGUGAACAUGCUUGAAGCUGGGGUAGAUACGGUUAUAGAGAUUGGAAAAAUAAAUUUUAAUCAACUUCAUGAUGACAUGCAGAUGGUUAUGGAUCAGAUCAGACGGAAAGCCUUUGAAAUUUCCAUUUUGGAAAGACAAAAAGAGAAGAAUGAUUUCCUUAUAUCAUUAAGAACUGCAUCUGGAGUAAUAGUUUUUUACUGGGAUACGGUUUUGGAACACACUGAAAGAGCAUCGUUCCAUGCAAAAUACUUGGAUUCCAGGAAGCGAUGGGCAGAGCUAACCAGGUUGAGAAACCCAAGUGAGGCACAUCUGUUUUUAGACCCUGUUGCAAGGGGUAUUUUAAAAGUGACUGAAUUUUAUUUUGGUGAAUUCUAUGCAUCUCAGGAAUAUUAUCGGCUUGGAAAUGCAACUCUUGGUUUGGACAGAUUCAAUCAGUCCAUCUGGGCUGUGGUCAAAAGCGCUGUUAUUUACUCUCUUCCUGUAUAUGAAAAACUGACGAAGCUUGGCUUUGGGAUUUCUGAGAUCAACGGGUUUCUUCUCAGAUUUAACAAAAUAGCCCUUAUUCUUGAAGGGAAUGAUAAACCCAGACGUUGGGACACUCACAGCACUAUUGAGAGCUUUCCUGUUUUUAUUUUGUUUUCACUUGCUUUUAUCGCUGAUAAGGAGAUCACGAAUAGCAAGGAAAUCCAACUAUUACUGCCUUUGCGAGUAAUCAGGAGAGUAUUUCUAGAGUUCUGGAACCCUAUUCUCACAGCAAGAAAUGAGACUGAAAGCCAGCUAAUAGAGAGCAAAUGGAUUCAUUUGAGUAACAUCACUAAUAACGAGUUAUUGAAAAGUAACGCAUUUACUCGAAAGCAGCUUGAAGACGCGCCAAAGAACUUUGUUGAAGCCAUUCGCCGGAUCCUGGAGAAACUGAAGCAGUAUACCGAUCUCGUAGAUGGCUUCGAUGAAAGGAUCCAUCCAUCAUUUUUAGCCUUCAAGAAGUUGAUCCAUGACAUGGAUAAAUCUUUUCAUGUUAUCUGGGACUUGCUGUUGGAGUAAACGCUCUAUAUUUGAAGACAAUAAACAGGAUUAACAUGCUGUUAUUGUGUUCCUGUCUCUGAAAGAAUACUAGGUUCAUUGCAUUAUUAAUUAUGUGCCACUGUAAUGCUUUGUUUUCACCAAAUCAUGAUUCAAUGCAUUUUUUUCAUUCUUGUCCUCCAGCAUCUUAACACAUUAAAUUAAAAAACAGCUUAAAAUCUUGAUAUCAAUAACAUCUAGAUUUAUUUUCAGGUGUUAACACUUAAGUGCGAAUUAAAUAAAUAUUUGUUUGUGCAA